AUGAUUCCUCCGAGCAGCACGACUGAAGUCAGCGUGGAUAGUGUGGAGAAAGAGAAUGAAGUGGAGAGCACAGAGCAGCCCCCCUCUCCAGCAUCAACUACCAGCCAGGAAUCAAAGUUGCAGAAACUGAAACGAUCACUCUCCUUCAAGACCAAAAGCUUGCGGAGUAAAAGUGCAGACAAUUUCUUCCAGAGGACUAAUAGCGAUGUGAAACUGCAAGUAGACUUGAUGCCUGAGGUGAGCACAAGCACUGGGCAGCUCCCCAGCUCAGAGAGCCAGGCGUCCUCCCCCACCAGAGCCCAGCAGCUGCCAGAAAACAACAAGGCUCACAUCUUCCAGGAGCACAUCUUCAAAAAACCCACCUUCUGCGAUGUCUGCAACCACAUGAUUGUUGGGACAAACGCUAAGCACGGGCUGCGCUGUAAGGCUUGUAAGAUGAGCAUCCACCACAAGUGUGCAGACAGUAUUGGACAACAACGUUGCAUGGGCAAGCUGCCAAAGGGAUUUCGACGGUACUACAGCUCACCACUACUCAUUCAUGAACAGUUUGGCUGCAUCAAAGAAGUGAUGCCUAUUGCCUGUGGAAAUAAGGUUGACCCUGUGUAUGAAACUCUCCGCUUUGGGACUUCCUUAGCCCAGAAAACCAAAAAAGGCAGUUCUGGAAGUGGGUCUGACUCUCCCAACAGAAACUCUACAGCUGACCUGGCAGAAGUUCCUGAGGAAGGCGAUAGCUCUGCAGGCACCCUUGACAUAAGCAGGAAACGCAGCAACAGCGUGUUUACAUACUCCGAAAAUGGCACAGAACACUUUGGAGAAGAACCAAAGAGUAUACAUUCCCCGGGACCAUUUUAUAAAAGCACGUUACAAAUGAACACCUAUGUUGCCUUGUACAAAUUUGUACCACAAGAAAAUGAAGACUUGGAGAUGAGGCCAGGGGAUAUGAUCACUCUUCUGGAAGACUCCAAUGAAGACUGGUGGAAGGGGAAAAUUGAUGACAGAACUGGAUUUUUUCCUGCUAACUUUGUUCAAAGAGUACAACACGAUGAGAAGAUUUACAGGUGUAUCAGGACAUUCAUUGGCUGCAAGGAACAGGGACAGAUAACUCUGAAAGAGAACCAGAUUUGUGUGACUUCUGAAAAGGAACACGACGGCUUUAUCAAAGUAUACAGCGGGAAGAAGAAAGGCUUUGUCCCCAUAGACGUCUUAGAAAACAUCUGA